AGUGUCGGGGGUCGCACGUACACAGUGGCAGUUUCAGGGUUAAGAUAAACAACAACAACAACGUGUUUAUUCUCGUAAACAACACGCGGUUUCUUCUGAGAAGUUUGGGAAAGGGCAUAAAUAAAAAUGACAACGCGGCCGCCUGCUACUGCCGCCCGCACCAAAAAACAAAAUCACGCCAACAUACCGUGUCCAAUAGAAAACUGCGCACGAUUCACUUAUGGUAAACUUCCAGACCAUCUCACUAAGAUCCAUGGUCUAACGGGAGCCGAACGUGAUGCUCUCAACGAACAACAGCGGAAGAGGUUUUUUAACGGAGAGCUCUGUCAAGUUCGAUAUCUCAAGGAAUCUGCCAUUCGUGACCUUUGGGGAUCAGAUUACGACGAUCCCCGAAUAAAAGCAAAGAUACAUCAAAGUUAUAGUCUUGUAAAGAUUCGAAUAAUACCACUAGCAGCAACACAGCGAGCUCGACCACUAACAGAACAAGACGCUAAUGUCCUGACAGCUUACAAUGCUCGUACAGCGCCACGCCCUGCUCGUGUUCAACGACAAAGAACAAGACAACGACCCUAUCCUGCUCCUGAGACCAGUUCUACAGAAUGCAGAGUUUCAAGCGAAUCGAGUGAAGAGGAGAAUACACGUAAUCCAUUACCACCGUCGCCACCUCCGUCGUCGCCAUCUCUACCUCCUUCUCCAGCUCCAUACGAGCUACAGCCAAUUGAAACUAGAUUACGUGAUAUUUUCGACUCCAAAAUUGAUGCUGGAUAUAAGGCUGUUAUUGAUGAUAUGAAAAAAUCUAUGACAAUGGGAAGAACUCUCGGACCGAGAAAACGAAAAGCAUAUCGUACAUACAGACGGUAUGCAAAACGACUGAUAGCGUACCUCCACAAGCAGCAUUCGCCUUUGGCAUACGACGUCGACGUUCUUUUAUGUGGUGAGAGACAAGUGUGUGCUUUCCUAGAUAGAAUCAGCACAGAACACAAAACAAAGACUUUAAGGAAUUACAUAGUAGCCGCCAUAAAAUUACUGGAUUCCCGUCUUUUCGCGAUAGAAACUGAUCCUUCGUGCAAGGAGAAGGUGGCAUCGAUGACUAGAGUGUACGAAGUUUUGCACGGUAAACUAAAUGCUUGUGAUAGGUUGCUCGCGCAAAAGGACGAUGGUAAUCAAAAGAAAACUACUACUAGCUUUGAUAGUGAUGUUCUGGAUCAAACUUUCAAUGAUAAUUAUAAUGAUCUUGUGUAACUUUGUCAAUUGGUGUCUGGUAAAGACACAAAUUUUUAUUUGUUUAAUUAAAUAUUAAUUGCCCAUCCACAUCACCUAUUAAUGUCCCAUAGCUGGGCUUGAGUAUUUAUUUAUAAAAGGAGGAUGUUAACAUAUGAUGAUCGUGUAAACCAGGUGAUUUUGGCCAGUGGCCAGCUUAGUAAUAGCCAAGCUUUCUUUAUAGACGUAAUAGCCUCGAUUUGUAUUAUUUAAAUAUAAUUUUAAUUAUUGUAUCAAUAGAUAUUAUGAAAAAGGUGCCAAAAAUAAUGCAAAUAACUUUAAACAUCAAAGGUUGCUGUAAUUUAUCGAAUGUAAAUAAAUUUGUGUAUCUAAUAUUCGUCAGAAUAAUCAGUUUCGUUAUACUUAAAUAUUAGGUCUGAAAAAUUAUUCAAUAGAAUAAUUAUUUUGUAAAUAGUCACAAUACGUGUUACAAGCAAUAAGCUUCAUUUAAAAUCGCAAUUUAAGUAAUGU